GUCCGUUCCGUGUUGGCAACCGUAAAACAAAGCAGCAUAAAGAUUGUCUUCACAACAUAUGGGACUCUUUAGAAAAGCUUUUUGGAACACGACGGGGAAGCACGCUAGAUGCGUUUGUUCAGCAUUUUGAGGUUUCAAGAACACUGUUAAACCAGACUUCACAUAUAUUAAGGCUGCAUUUACCAGAAAAUAAUGGCUUCUGCAUCUUCGCUGGCCUCUUCCCCAGACAUUUCUGAACAAACUCAGGACGAUGAAUUUGAAGAACCGACGCGCAAUCUCCGUCAACUGCAGUGCUCCGCUUCUCCACCAGGGGCUAGACAUAAAAUAGACCCACAGGCUGUAUUGAAGAGACCUGUAAUACGAAAACAACCCAGUCGGCAACACUUGAAGGCCCGUGAGCAAAUGAUUUUUCCAGGCUGGCACACCAUGUCACCUUCAGCUCAGAGAAAAAAGGAGCCAGAAAGGGCACACGGGCUCCCUGAACUUCAGCGUUCUACUAUUCUUACAAGAUCUCUGGUAAAAAACCCAAAGGUUGUGGCAAAACCCUGUCUCCAACACACAGCGCACUGGGAGCCAAUGGCUUUUGCAGUCUGGCAACCCCGGUUAACCUCAUCCUCGGAAAAAAAAAAGGCAAAUAACUUUCAAGAUUUUAUAUUUUUAAUGAAUAAAGACCAACCUCCAUCUGCAACCUCUGACCACGUGACAGAAGAUAAAUAUAAUCCGUUUUGUGAGCCCCUCUGCAUCCUCCCCUUGGCCUUCCAAAAAAUUUGGAGAAGCUUUAGUUUCUGGCGCACCAAAGUAUUUAGGAAUAAGCUUCACUUGGCCAAGACGUCUCUCCAGAACCACCUGUUUAUACUGGAACCGUGUCUGAGAGAAGCGUUGAUGGAAAUCCGGAAGAUGUCAUGCCAAAUCACUGACACUGAGUUGUAUUAUGUGAAGACAAACCACACAUACACACUGAAGGAGUUCUACGACACCCAGCUCAAACAGCAGCACGAGAUACUGAGUGACCUUCAGCCGUUUCGGGACUUGGUGAGGGAUGUGACAGUUCGUGCUGGACAUGAAUACUUGUUGCAGCAUCAAACCACAUCUGAGGAUAAAGACGAGUUGAAUCUGGUUUUCUUUAAUCGGGUCAAUUGCUUCAUCCGUCAUGUUGACAAUUUGAUUUUCAACACAGUGCACUGCUUGGUGCUAAAUGCAGUGGAUGUGCUCCUGAGUGUAUUGCAGAAUCAGGUAGGUCAGAUGCCUAGCCAAAUCACUCCACAGGUCCGAUCUGACCGCUCUGAGGCAGUUCCUGAAGAGAAUGUUGAAAAGAAGGUUCUUCCUGAUUUACCUUUAUUCAUGUCUGAGCUAGUGCUGGAAUCAGAUGUUUUGAUGUACAACCCCUCAGAGGAAAACUUUCAGGAAACCAUCAGAGAGAUAAUCAGGCAGUUUAAGACGACAGCAAUAUCUGUGAGGUCCCUCACAGCAGAUCCUGAAAUGCAUUUACUACUAAAGUCUGAAAAGUUUAAGGACAGUGUGCAAAGUGGACCGUCUUUGGAAACUGUCUUGAAGGAAGAUGGCCACCUUCGAGUUAUCAUUCAAAACAUCAGCGAUAGCAUCCAUACAGCUUUUGAUUCGGCCAAAGUGUACUCACACACAUUCGACCAUUUUCUGGCAUUCUCAAAGAACAAUGAAAAUCUGGAUCUCGAUGCAGUGUGGGAACUGGAAACUGAUUUGACCUUUUUUGCCAAAAGCCUGGAGUUAUACCACUGUAAACGUAAGGAGGCCUUAGCUAUCCAGGAGAGGAGGUAUCUUGGCUUACUGCUCGUGGACCAAACACAGCUCAAACAGAAGCUUGUGUCUUCUACACUCUGUUCUCUGGAGGGCUUCCAUGAGAUGUUCACACAGCAGACUAGGAAGAAGGUAGAUGUCCUCCUGGCUAAGAUUGUUGUAGCCAAGAGUAAACUGGAGAACUAUCCUUCUACAACAGAAGAGAUGGCUGAGCAGCUUAUAUUCCUGGAUGAGAUUGAGGAUGGGAUCUUGGAGUUACAAGAGCAGCACGACAGUGUUUCCAAAGUGUACAAUCUGUUCAACACGUACUCUGUUACCAUCCCACCUGAGGACCUUGUUGAUUUUGCCAAAUUGCAACCCACCAUCUACUUGUUGUAUGAUUUAAUUGACGACGCGGUGGCAGAGAGGGACACGAGCAUGGAGAGGUUUAUCAGCUCGCUGGUAACAGACCAAAAUAAACUGCAAGAAGAAGUCACAAAAAUGGCAUGUGUGUUGCAGAAUCCAGACUUCUUGGACACCAAUGCAAACUCCUCCAGAGUGCAUUCCAUUUUUGAGAAGAUCCAGAUUUCUGUAGAUGAGCUGCAAGCCCUGGCAUUGGCCUGUAGUUCAUGCGAAAGGAAAUUCAAGCUGGAGAAUACAAGGUUUGAUUUACUGGAGGAAUCUACAGCAAAAUUCAAACUGAUCCUGCUUCUGUGGGACUCUGUGGAGGAAUGGGACUGUCUAGAAAAUGAAUGGCAGCAGAGCCUACUGAAGCAACUGGACCUGAAGCAGUUCAGCAUGCAGAUUAGCAAUUACAACCAGUACGUUGAGCAGCUGGAGAAGGGCCUGCCUCCGAACUGUUCAGUUGUAUGUUUGAAAGAUAAGGUGGAAAGAAUGAAACAGGAGCUGCCGAUCAUCACUAAUCUGUGUAACCUGUGUAUGAAACCGAAACUGUGGGCGUCUUUGGAGAGUUUAGUAGGCACCUCUCUGGAUGUGGAGGAAGUUACUCUCGGUACCCUGGAGGAACAUGAUGUAUUCUCAUAUGGAAUGGAGAUACUACAGAUAUUAAAUUAGCAGACAUGGACCCCA